AGCUCAUCAUGCGCACUCCCAAUCAUGCGGAACUCGCAAAGUGAAAAAUAAAGGACAUUCUUAAUGGUACUCUUCAGAACAGAUGUCGAAAAGAGAAGCAGACAGUGAAACCCCAUCGGACGACUCAGUCCAACCCAAGCAGCUCAAAUCGACAUAUACGCAUUCUGAGAUCCAGAGCUUUUUGAACAAGAAGGUCUUCGAUGAUGCCUUCCAAAAGACCCUCGAAUCCAGUAUUUCAGAUAGUCGGCCCUACAAAUGGGGGACUGUCACUGAGCUCGUCGAUGACACUCUUCUCAGGAACGUCAGGAAGGAGGUGUUAAACGAGAUUGCUUUCACUAAAAAGGAAACCGAUAUUUACAAAGUCUACCAGUCGGGUGACUUGGCGAACUUAUCAGGAUUGAAUUGGGACGACUUAUCUCGAUUGCCUUCCUUGUACAAGCUUCGUGCGGCCAUUUACUCGGAGGAGUUCCGUGACUUUGUGUCAAAUGUAACAGGCUGUGGUAAAUUAAGUGGAACAAAAACCGAUAUGUCCAUCAACACAUACACUAAAGGAUGCCAUUUGUUGACCCAUGACGAUGUCAUCGGCUCCAGGCGUGUGAGUUUUAUUCUCUACAUGCCAGACCCCGACUAUAAGUGGAAGGCGCAUUACGGAGGAGCUUUAAGGUUGUUUCCAGCCAUUGUGCCGAACGUGCCUAAAACUGACUACGAGACAAAACUUAUACCGCAAUUCAAUCAAAUUGCAUUCUUCACAGUUCAACCAGGAUUGUCCUUCCAUGAUGUCGAGGAAGUACGUGUUGACAAGCAAAGACUAUCUAUACAGGGGUGGUUCCACAUUCCCCAGGAGGGUGAACCCGGAUUCGUCCCCGGGGAACAAGAGGAAACUGAAGCGAAAAGCACUUUGCGCCAAUUACAGACAAAGGAACUACAAGAAUUUGACUUCCCAAAACCCAUCAGAGUGGAUUUCCCAAAAGAUGAAGUUAAGGUUUACGAGUCGCUCGACUUGAAAGGAUUUCUAUCUAAAAGAGACUUAGAAUACUUAUCUAAGUACCUUAACCCAACCUACCUUACCGAGUCUUCUCUCAAAGUUUUGAGGGAAACAUUUUUGGAAGAGUCGGUUGUCGAUAUAAACGGAUUUUUGAACGACGAGUAUGCCGGUGUGCUUAAAACCAAGCUCAGGCAAAGCGAAAUGGACCGGAAAGCACCUCAAACAGCUGAAGAAAUCCGGUCUCCUUGGAAGUGUGCGGUUCCACCCCACAAACAAAGGUACAUGUACAUAGAUGGAAAGUCCGAGUUUCAGCUACACGAGGAAGCAAUUAGCAUGGUGAAUCAUACGGGUCCACAGGAAUUGCCUAACUUCGAGCUCACCAAGAGAAUUUCUGACGAAGAAAGUGAAAAGAUGAUCAUAGAAGUGGUUCAGCUCAUGAAGUCCAUGGCUUUUCGCAAAUGGUUGGUCUACGUUACAGAAAUCGUCCCCACGAGUGAUCAGGUUUUGGCAAGGAGAUUCCGUCCUGGUCAAGAUUUUAUACUCGCGACCACCACGGAGAAGGACUUAGCAAGAGAAGGUGAGUUGAACAUUCUUUUGGAAGCCACUCUUGGUCUCACGCCCACAGCCGCGAAUUUAGAAAACUGGGAGUCCGGUGAAUUUGGAGGAUACGAGCUUUGUAUGGCAAUCAACGGAGGAGAGAGUGAUGAAGAGUUUGAGGAUGAUGACCCUGCAAUCUACAAGGCCAAUGAUCCAGCAGAUGACUCUGUAUUGUACACCAGUCAAUGCCGAUGGAAUAGCCUAAGCCUUAUGUUAAGAGACCCAAGUGUUUUGAAGUUUGUGAAAUAUGUUAGCAUCAACGCUAAGGGAUCACGCUGGGACAUUACUGGACAAUGGAAUGUGAAAAGCAACGAGGAAGAAGAAGAUCAAUAAAUGUCUAGCUGGAAACACGUUGCUAUUGUUAUCGACAGGCCUAGAUUAAUAUUCUGGUUGGUGCGCCACAAUGUCGCUUGUUUUCUUCAUCAUUCCAUAGACUCGGAUGUUUCAGGUACCCUAAUACUGAUGUGAAUAGAAGAGGCGCGUGUCCAGACUCUAUAAGGUUAAGAUGAUGUAGAAUAUUUGGUGAGAUGAAUGCAUUACGAGAUAUGAACAGCUACAAUGGAGGCGUAGACUCAUUUUUCCUGCAAGUAUUCAUUGGAUGUCAUGUGCAUUUGAUCAAUGACGCUUGGCCGUGGCUA